UGGGGAUAAAAAUCAAUUUCGUUGCUACUCAAUUUUCAAAUAUUAUAGCUUUUUCAUACUUUUUUUUAAAUUCACAUAUAAAAGGCUUCAAACUGUUGAACUUACCGCAACUUUAUUUACAAGUUCAAGCGCAGGGAUCGUCGCUGAGAAGCAAUAUGCCCGUUCAUGAAUUUAAGGUCGAAAUGACGUGUAGCGGAUGUGCCGCAUCCGUAGAGAAGGUGCUAGGAAAAUUGGGUGAUAGAGUGGAAAAAGUCAAUAUUGAUUUGGAUGAAAAAACCGUUUUGGUUACAUCAAAUUUAACCGGUGACGAAUUGCUGGAUACUAUUAAAAAGACCGGAAAAGCAACCCAAUAUGUCGGCCAGAAAGAAUGAAAUGAGCUCUUCUGUAAAUUCCGGAAAAUUGCUAAAUUGAAAUUGGAAGUUUAAAUAAAUCUAUACCGUUGUACAAGUAUUUAAGUUUUCAUUAUAUAUUACCACUUUUUAUUUUAAAUACAUUAAAAAAUCCCAUUUUCAUUUUUUACAUUUAAUAUUAAUAUUCAGCGGGGACAGAAAGUCAAUCAUGUUUGAAAACGCGAAAAACUGUUGUUAUUACUACUUGUUCUAUAUUUUUAAUUAAAGAUCAAACAAAUUUGUGUAACACGCAUGGAUAAUAACAGAUCAGCUUUCAGUGCUUUGGACGAUAACAUUUGAUUUGGAGUAAAGAAAUUAUACAUGCUUUAAAAUCAAAAUACCUAGCGUAGAAUUAGCAAAGAAAAAAUCUAUUUUCCCAAUAUUUUAUAACUUCUUAUGUAGUUCAUACUAAUUCAAAAUAAUAAUUAUAGCAUUCGUUUCCUAACACUAGAACCACCGACAUCUUGCAUACAUCUUGAAAUAUACGCCUACCAGUUUCUCAUCUAUGGUGAGCGUGUAUUUGGGCUUACCGCAACCAUUUUUUAGCAUUUGAUUCUUAAUCGACUAAGAAAUGUUUGUGCCAAAUUUCAGCUUCCUACCUUCAUUUUUACGACUGUGCCAAGUUGACAAAUUGGGAGAUCAGCAUGACCCCUUUUUGGUAAAAAUAGGUAUAUACCUUCGUCAUCUCGAAAAUUAGACUGGGUAGGAAAAAAGUGAUUACAGAUAUUUAAAUGUCUUGUCACGUAAAAUUUCAGGACAUUGUACGGUUUACAACCGCUUGCUUUAAGAUCAAAAAUUAAAAAGGUAAAAAUGAUGUACUCGGUAGUUCUAUUGUUAAUUAACUUUUUAAUAAAUAAUAAUAGGUAUAAAUAAGGCACAGUUAUAUUCGCCUUGGGGCGAAUAUCGCGAACUCAUCACCACGAAGUUAAAAUUUGCGUGAUUUUCAGUUCUAAGUGGAAUAUUUGAUCUAAAUUUGAUAAAAGCUUUUGUCCGACUGCGAUUGCUCACAUUUCGUGUGUUUACAAUCAGAUCACAAUCCAUUUUCUGAAAGAAAUUAUAUUCAAGCUAUACGUUUUGGCUUUCUAAUAUUCGGCUACUUAUCUUGAACAAGAAGGAUCUUUUCUUAAUUUAGAGUAUAGAACCGGUGAAGAAAAAUUAGGGCGUCGACAACAUUCGGUGGUGGGUACAAUAUUUUUAAAUAUUAGAACACACAAUACUUAAAUUUAAAUCUCACAGAAAAAUUAAAAGUACAC